AUGUCGACCAGAACGACUGUAGCGUCUUUGUAUCGUCGUGCUCUGAAGUUGUCCCUCGACUGGGCAGUUCAUAGAUACGUCUGGAGAGGGCAGGCCAUGUACAUACGAUCGCUAUUUGAAGCCAACAAGAAGAUCCAGGAGCCCAGACAGCUGAGGGCGUUGUUUCAAGAGACAGAGGAUUUAUUGCAAAAAUGGAAGCACCCUGAUCCAUACCGUCCGCCAACUGCCCCAGGAGGAUCGAAAUACGAAAGAAAUCUUCCAGCACCAAUUCUCGAUCCCCCACCUCACAUACAAGAUUAG